AACGGCCUCCCUCCCUUUCGUUCCUCCCUCCUUUCGUUAUACAGACGAAGUUGACUCCCCAACUGUAAAAUUCCGAAGCGCUCGUUCAUGGCGGCGACGGUUUCUGCGACCUCUUCGCUCGCCACCGUUAACCUCCCCAGCUCCCGCCGAUUCCGCCGGUACGGGCGCCCUCGCGUCGGGAUGGCGUUCGCGAGCGCGGGAGUGAGCGUGACGGAAGGCGAGGGGAAGCUGCCGAAGCUGGUGCUCACUUCGGCGCGUGGUAGUGAGGCAGAGAUAUAUCUCUAUGGUGGUUGCAUCACAUCCUGGAAAGUUGCCAAAGACAAGGAUCUCCUAUUUGUUCGACCAGAUGCUGUAUUUAACAAGAAGAAACCAAUAAGUGGAGGUGUCCCGCAUUGUUUCCCACAGUUUGGACCGGGUCCAAUGCAGCAGCAUGGAUUUGCAAGGAAUAUGGAUUGGUCCGUUGCUGAAUCCCAAACUGAGGAUGGGAAUCCAAUUGUAACCCUAGGAUUGAAGGAUGGCGCCUACAGCCGUUCCAUGUGGGAUUUCAGCUUUCAAGCUUUGUACAAGGUCUACUUAACAGAGAAGAGCCUUUCUACCGAGUUGGUUAUCACAAAUACAGACACAAAGCCAUUUUCAUUCAAUACUGCCCUGCAUACAUACUUCCGUGCUUCUGUAACAGCUGCCUCUGUGAGAGGUUUGAAGGGUUGUAAGACAUUGAACAAAGAUCCCGAUCCAAAAAAUCCACUAGAGGGAAAGGAAGAAAGGGACAUUGUCACAUUUCCUGGGUUUGUAGAUUGCAUUUAUCUCGAUGCUCCUGGUGAGGUGAUUCUGGAUAAUGGCUUGGGAGAUACUAUAACCAUCCAGAAUACGAAUUGGUCAGAUGCAGUCUUGUGGAACCCACAUCUACAGAUGGAAGCAUGUUACAGAGACUUUGUUUGCGUUGAAAAUGCCAAGAUUGGGAAUGUCCAGAUAGAGCCUCAGCAGUCUUGGGUGGCCAAGCAGAUACUUAGUAUUGCCUGAAGAGCUAUGAAGAAACUUUCCUCGUACUUUAAUUUUUUUUUAAUUUCCCUUUAAAUAAUCACUAAAAGAAACCUUGAAAACACAAAAGUCUGUUGAGCUAGUGGAAAUCUCGUUUUCGUAUUUUUGGUUUCACUAUUGUGGCCAAUUGUAUUUUUACGUUGUAAUAACAUACUCCAUGAGGAGACUAUACUGCUCGAUUUUUAAUUUCAUGUGCUUACAUGUGUCUGCAUUUAUUCA